AUGGCUUGGCUCGGCAUGGAAUUGGAUGUUAAGCAAGGAGGACUGGCAACAGUUUUGGAGGACAACGUAGGAACCGAUCCGCAUUCAACAUUCUGCCUUUGUCGAAUGGACGACGUGUUUUUGAUAUCCGAUAAAAUUCAUUCCAUCGAUGCGUGUCAGCAGAUGAUGGUCGGCGCAAUGGAGGUUCAUCCGUAUUUUUUAGAUUCUGAUGUCAUUAUACAAAAUAUUUCUGGAUUCAACAAUACCGGGAAUCUAUGUGUGUGGCCUUCUGAAGAAACUUUGUGCUAUUACUGCCUCAAAAACAAAGACAUUUUCAAGUAA